AUGGCUGUCUGUAGAUCAUACAUGUCAACCUACAUCUAUAGACUGUUGGAGCUGGCCACACGUGCUUCCUGUUGUCCGAUCAUCACAAGUCGAUCUUGUUUACCAAGGGCACAAUGUGUGGCUCCCGGGGGCCCCGUGAUACACAGAAGAGUUUACAGCCUUGAUUCGCUGGCCUCCGGUCCCGGUCGACCAACAUUUGGUGCAAACUCACAGCAGCCCUUAGUUGACAGGGUGUCCUCCUCAGCGCUUGCACACAGAAACCUGUCUGCUGUGGCUAUUAAGGGUCAGUGUCGUCCUCUAAGCUUUUAUGAUUUUCUGGAUGUCGGUGACGCUGAGGACAAUGUACGUCACGCUCGAACAUGUAAAAAAUCCAGACGCUUCAUAGUGGACCCAGAGUUGGCUAAGCUGGUAGCACAGCACCUUGGACCUGACUUACAAAGCGCCAAGACUGUUGUCCUCGAAUGUAACCCAGGCCCUGGUGUGUUGACCAAGACCUUGCUCAACGCUGGCGCUCAAAGAGUUGUGGCUCUUGAGUCUGAUAAAAACUUCUUUAACGAUUUGCAGGCAUUGGAAUGCAGUCUUGAUGGUCAGCUGGAAGUCGUACAUUGCGACUUCUUCAGAAUUGACCCAGUCUGGGUUCAAAACAACAAACCGCCAGUUAUGUUCUCUGACAAACUCUUCACUGACCUGGGAAUAACAGAGGCCAAUUGGACGGAAGAUUUCCCGGUAAAGGUUGUGGCCAUCGUGCCGCAGCGCAAUGAGCGUGCCACCCUGCUUAAGUUGGUUUAUGCGUUGUUUGAACGACUGUCCAUCUACAGAUAUGGAAGAAUAGAGCUCAACCUCUUUAUGAGUGAGCGCGAAUACAUGACUAUGGUGGCCCCUCCUGGUAAAAUGAGGCACUACAGAGCGCUCAGCGUCCUCUGGCAGAUGGCCUGUCAUAUUGAACUACUUCACAAGGAGCCCUGGGAGUCGUUUGUGACAUCCAGACAGAGUGUACCUCCUUCCAAAGGCCUUCUUCCCAACGAUCACAUGUGCCUAGUUCGUCUGCGUCCACGAGCCAACUUGUUCUCUGGGGGGCUGACGCCUGCAAAUGCCUCUACCCUGAUGGUGAUGGUCAAACAGUGUUUGGCCAAAAGGAAGGAAAAGCUCAUUAAAAAGCUGAAUCUCUGGUCACCUGACAGUGGAAGUAAAUUGUUGUUCGAGAUGGCACUUCCGGAGGAUAUCCUGACUGGUCACCUUAACGCCAGGCAAUAUCUUCAGUUAUUCCAGCUAAUGGACAAGAGUCAGGAGUUCACUCAGAGUUGGCUUUAUGAAGAAAUCAUGGAGAACUCGGAGAGAGAAGGAUGGGGCUGA